UAUUCUCUCUUGCGUUUGAGAAAACAUACCUGAUGCCUGGCGUUGGACUGGAUCGAUUGUCUCCGGCACAUCGUGCUUCAUUGUUUCUUCAUUAUUCUUAAGUGUUUAGAAGGUUUUUGGUUUGGAGGAAGGUCUGCCAAAAAAUAAGCGAGAGAAAGUGCUUGAAAAGAAGCGCCAACCAACAUUCCGCCAAGAGCAAGAAAACUCAUAAAGACGAAGGGCAUGGUCGGAAUGCCGAGUGCUUUAACUUACAGUAGAGAGAAGAAGAGCCCUGCCAUGCCCGGUUCUCCUGUGGAUGCUAAGACUCAUUCCAGAUCAGCCCCCAGCAGCAGCGCCAGCUCCACUAUGCCACCCCUACCUUCUGUCAACCCCAGUGGCCCACGACCGGCCUCUUUUUCCACCACAGCAUUGACCAAUGGGAAUCAUCAUUCCCCACCAACACUGAAUGCAGUGCCAUCUCCACCCCAGCGUUACAGCAAUGGACCGUCCUCUUCCUCUUCCUCAUCGCUGGCUAACCAGCAGCUGCCAGCCACCUGUGGGGCACGCCAGCUGAGCAAGCUGAAACGUUUCUUGACCACACUGCAGCAGUUUGGCAACGACAUUUCUCCUGAGAUUGGAGACAGCGUCCGAAGCCUAGUUCUGGCCCUUGUGAAUUCAACAGUUACCAUUGAGGAGUUUCACUCACGGCUUCAGGAGGCUACCAACUUCCCCUUACGACCCUUUGUUAUUCCUUUUCUCAAGGCAAACCUCCCUUUGCUGCAGAGGGAGUUGCUCCACUGUGCACGGGCAGCCAAGCAGACCCCAGCUCAGUACUUGUCCCAGCAUGAGCACCUCCUGCUAAGCACCACUCUGGCAUCUUCUCCAGACUCCUCUGAGCUCCUGAUGGAGCCUCCAGAGCCUGGAACCAAGAGACACAGCCCAAGCAGGGCUAAAGAGAACGGUUUCCGUGAACGCCCACCUGUAGCUAUGGAGCCUGCCGCAAAGCGGAUUUGCACCAUCAGCCCAGCUCCCCGACACAGCCCUGCUCACCCAUUGCCACUGACCGCCCAGCUUCACCCGACCCCUCCACCCUUGCAGCAUUACGCCCUGGAUGACAUCGCAGCACCUCACAUCCUGCACCGUGAGCACAGCCAUCGUGUUUUGGAGAUCCGCGAACUCAAAGACAGGCCACGACUUCCUGGCACUAAUGGGGGCUACCGUGAGGAGCCAGUGGACCACAGACUGACAGACAGAGAGUGGGCUGAUGAAUGGAGGCAUCUGGACCAUGUGUUGAACUGUAUUGUGGACAUGGUAGAAAAGACACGGCGGUCAGUGAGCGUUCUCAGACGAUGCCAGGAGUCAGAUCGUGAGGAGCUUAACUACUGGAGACGACGUUCGAGCGAGCAGGAAGACCCGCGCAAAGGAGGACCGGCAUCUGCUCCAUUCUCCAAGACGCACAGCCCUCACUCUUCUGAGUCAGACUCUCAGCGUGAUUUUGCUCCACGGCCAGGCUCAGCAUAUGUUACAGAUGAAAUCUGGAGAAAAGCUGAAGAAGCGGUGAAUGAAGUUAAGCGUCAGGCCAUGGAAGAGGUUCAGAAAGCUGUAGCAGAGGCGGAGCAGAAAGCAUUUGAGAUGAUUGCUGCUGAGAGGGCCAAGAUGGAAAAGACUGUGGCUGAGGCCAAGCGGAAGGCUCAAGAAGAUGCCAUCAUGGUCAUUAAUGAACAAGAGGACUCCAGUGAGUGUUGCUGGAACUGUGGUCGCAAAGCUAGCGAGACGUGCAGCGGCUGCAACGCCGCUCGCUACUGUGGGUCUUUCUGCCAGCACAAAGACUGGGAGAGGCAUCACCUCAUCUGCAGCCCAGGACUUCAGGCUCAACCCAAACCGGUACCUGCAAGCAGAGUGGCUGCCGUGGCUACAGCAGCACCGGCCGCCACCGUCGUGUCUCCUGUUGGUCUGGCUGGGGUCAAAGUUCCUGACAGUGUGCCUUCAGUCUGCAGUCCAGGUGGGGAGAAGGCUUCAGUCGCUUCGCGUUCAUCCACUCCCUCCACCCCUGCCUCGGCCCCUGAGACGAACGGACACUAGGAGGCAAAGGACCUUGGCGGUGCAUGUGUCACCUACCCUCUUCAAAAACCGGGAAGAACUGAAACAGCAGCAUGAGGGAACUAUUUGUGGGUUAAGUUAGGAUAACAGAUUUUUCAACAUACUCUUUGGCAGAUAAAAAAGGACAGAUUAUGGAUGACUGUUUGAGUGAUAUGUCAACUGGGACUUUGGCUUUGGCAAAGAACAGAAGGACUCCUCUUGAAUGCAUUAAUUGGAUGAACAGAUCUCCCUAGCAGAU